GGCGAGGGGGGGAGAGCGGGGGCCCCGGGCCCCUUUGGGGUAAAGUAGUCCCCGGCCUCCCCCUACGCCGCUGGAGGGGGUACGGGAGCGGAGGCAGACGGCGCACUGAUCGGUGCUGCGGCUUCAGCUGAUAAUUGAAGGGAAGAGGCGCCGGGCCGGACAGAAAAGGAGCCGAAGCCGCCAGGGAGGCACGGAGCGCUUUUGCGGAGGCCGCGUCGGGACAAACUAGGUGACAUACUUAAACAGCAAUAAGGCUGCCUGGGACAAAUAUUAAAUACUACUUCUGUCUAUCACAGUCAGGAGGACUAAUGACAACGCACUCAUCUGAAGGGGAGAGGGGCAGAUUUGACUAAGGAUAAAGGUUUUUAUCUGCAUCCAGAUUAUUGGCUGUCUGCUUGGCAAACUGUAGUUUUUAAUCCAUUACAACUACUUCUCACUUAUGCUUGAGUGGCAACUUUCAUGAAUGGUAGUGUCUAGAAAGGGUAUGUCCCUUCAGGAGAGAGGUGCCAAUGUCCAACCGGCCUAAUAACAGUCCAGGGGGGUCACUGCGACGUUCACAAAGGAACACUGUCGGGGCCCAACCGCAAGACGACGCAGUAGGAGGAAGGUCACAUUUAGGGCAGGCAAAACAUAAGGCACAUAGCCCUUCUGAAAGUAGAAAAUCUAUAUCAAAGGCACCCAAAGUGCAGUCCAAUACUACUUCUGAACAAUCCAAGGGACACUUUUCCAAAAGAGGCUGUAGUUCAUCUGCUAUUAUAAUUCCACAGCAAGAGGCUCUGGACACAGACAAUACUUUGGAGAGGCAAAAAUUAGGGCAGGUGCCUAAGAAAGACAGUUCUCGAGGAGUGAAACGCAGUGCUAGCCCAGAUUACAACAGAACAAAUUCUCCUAGCCCUGCCAAAAAAACCAAAGCACUUCAGCACGCUGAUUCUUCAUCGGACUUGGAAACAAGCAAGCCACAGGCUAAGUCAAAGAAGAGACACUUGCAUCAAGAGCAGGAGUCAAAAUCUUCACAAUUACCAUCAACAAGCAAGGCUCAUACCAGAAAGGGUGGAGCUACUAGUAGCUCCCGAAGCCAGAAACGGAAAAGGACAGAGACUUCACCCAUUGUAAAGAGUCGUCCAGCUGCUGAAUCGACUGGCACUGAAGAGAGACCAGCAAAACCCACCAAGCUGGCUUCAAAAUCAGCGAGCUCAGCCAAAGCUGGGUGUAGCACCAUCACAGAUUCCUCCUCUUCAGCCUCUACAUCCUCCUCUUCUUCGGUUGUUGCAUCUGCUUCUUCUGCUGUUCCUCAGGGUGCCAGAGUGAAACAGGGAAAAGACCAGAGCAAGGCCAGACGUUCCAGAUCUACAUCUAGCCCCAGUCCCCGGAGGAGCAGCCGGGACAAAGAACAGAAUAAGAUAGGUGGCUCUUCAAAGUUUGACUGGGCUGCUCGUUUCAGUCCCAAGGUUAGCCUGCCUAAAACAAAACUGUCUCUCCCAGGCUCUUCUAAACCGGAGGCAUCAAAACCUGGGCCUUCAGGAUUACAGGCUAAACUAGCAAGCUUGAGAAAAUCAACAAAAAAGCGCAGUGAAUCGCCACCUGCUGAGCUCCCCAGUUUGAGGCGGAGCACACGGCAAAAGACCACGGGCUCCUGUGCUAGUACCAGUCGGCGAGGCUCUGGCCUGGGCAAAAGAGGAGCAGCUGAAGCUCGCCGACAGGAGAAAAUGGCCGAUCCUGAUGAUAAUCAGGAUGGAGUUAAUUCUUCAGCUGCGCGAGCUGAUGAGACUCCACAGGGAGCUGCUGCUUCUAGUUCUGUUGCUGGGGCUGUGGGCAUGACUACCUCUGGGGAAAGUGAAUCAGAUGAUUCUGAGAUGGGGAGAUUGCAAGCGCUCUUGGAAGCUAGAGGUCUUCCUCCACAUCUGUUUGGUCCUCUGGGUCCUCGAAUGUCACAACUGUUCCAUCGGACAAUUGGAAGUGGAGCUAGUUCUAAAGCUCAGCAACUUCUACAGGGGCUCCAGGCUACUGAUGAAAGUCAACAGUUACAGUCUGUGAUUGAAAUGUGUCAGUUGUUGGUCAUGGGCAAUGAAGAAACUUUGGGAGGAUUUCCAGUGAAGAGUGUUGUACCAGCUUUGAUAACAUUGCUGCAGAUGGAGCACAACUUUGACAUUAUGAAUCAUGCUUGUCGCGCCUUAACCUACAUGAUGGAAGCACUUCCCAGGUCAUCUGCUGUCGUGGUCGAUGCAAUUCCGGUUUUUUUGGAAAAGCUGCAAGUUAUUCAGUGCAUUGAUGUGGCAGAACAAGCACUGACUGCCUUGGAGAUGUUAUCACGCAGACAUAGUAAAGCUAUUCUACAGGCAGGAGGCUUGGCAGACUGUCUGCUGUAUCUGGAAUUUUUCAGCAUAAAUGCCCAGAGGAAUGCACUAGCUAUUGCUGCCAACUGCUGCCAGAGCAUCACUCCUGAUGAGUUUCACUUUGUUGCAGAUUCUCUACCAUUGCUUACACAAAGGCUAACCCACCAGGACAAAAAGUCAGUAGAAAGCACUUGCCUUUGUUUUGCACGCCUAGUGGACAACUUCCAACACGAGGAGAAUUUGCUUCAGCAAGUUGCCUCUAAGGAUUUACUCACAAAUAUUCAGCAGCUCCUGGUAGUGACUCCUCCAAUUCUGAGCUCAGGGAUGUUCAUCAUGGUAGUGCGCAUGUUUUCCCUAAUGUGCUCCAACUGUCCUACCCUAGCAGUUCAACUUAUGAAGCAAAAUAUUGCAGAAACUCUUCACUUUCUUCUCUGUGGAGCGUCAAAUGGGAGUUGUCAGGAACAAAUAGACCUUGUUCCAAGAAGCCCUCAAGAACUGUAUGAACUUACUUCACUUAUCUGUGAAUUGAUGCCAUGUCUGCCUAAAGAAGGAAUUUUUGCUGUGGACACUAUGCUAAAGAAAGGAAAUGCACAAAACACAGAUGGUGCAAUAUGGCAGUGGCGAGAUGACCGGGGUCUCUGGCAUCCCUAUAACAGGAUUGAUAGCCGUAUCAUUGAGGCAGCCCAUCAGGUUGGUGAAGAUGAGAUAAGUCUGUCUACACUGGGUCGUGUUUAUACAAUUGACUUUAAUUCUAUGCAGCAGAUCAAUGAGGAUACUGGAACAGCACGUGCCAUUCAGAGAAAACCUAACCCUCUAGCCAAUACUAACACUAGUGGACAUCCAGAACUGAAGAAGGAUGAUGCUCGAGCACAGUUAAUGAAAGAAGACCCAGAACUUGCUAAAUCUUUCAUUAAAACCUUGUUUGGUGUUCUCUAUGAAGUGUACAGUUCUUCAGCUGGACCUGCUGUUAGACACAAGUGCCUUAGAGCAAUUCUUAGGAUAAUUUAUUUUGCUGAUGCUGAACUUCUAAAGGAUGUGCUGAAAAAUCAUGCAGUAUCAAGUCAUAUUGCCUCCAUGCUGUCAAGUCAAGACCUUAAGAUCGUAGUUGGAGCCCUUCAAAUGGCAGAGAUCUUAAUGCAAAAGUUACCUGACAUUUUUAGUGUUUACUUUAGAAGAGAAGGUGUGAUGCAUCAAGUGAAGAAUCUAGCAGAAUCGGAGGCUUUGUUGACAAGUCCCCCAAAAGCAUGCACUAAUGGCUCAGGAACGCUAGGUGCUACAACAGCAAUAAGCCCUGGAACAGCCACUGCUGCAAGCAAUCCGGCUUCAGACUUGGGCUCUCCAAGCCUGCAACACAGCAGGGAAGACUCUCUGGACCUGAGUCCACAGGGCCGAUUAAGUGAUGUUUUGAAGAGGAAAAGAUUGCCAAAACGUGGGCCCCGACGGCCAAAGUAUUCACCUCCCAGAGAUGAUGACAAAGUAGACAAUCAAGCUAAAAGUCCUACAGCUACUCAGUCUCCUAAAUCUUCCUUCUUGGCAAGCUUGAAUCCUAAAACCUGGGGAAGAUUAAGCACACAGUCCAAUAGCAACAACAUCGAACCAGCGCGUACAGCAGGCGUCAGUGGUCUUGCAAGAGCUGCCUCAAAGGAUACAAUAUCCAACAACAGAGAGAAAAUUAAGGGUUGGAUUAAGGAACAAGCCCACAAAUUUGUGGAGCGUUAUUUUAGUUCUGAGAAUAUGGAUGGAAGCAACCCUGCACUAAAUGUGUUACAGAGGCUUUGCACUGCAACUGAACAACUCAACCUUCAGGUGGAUGGUGGAGUUGAGUGCCUUGUAGAAAUCCGUAGUAUAGUCUCUGAGUCUGAUGUCUCUUCAUUUGAGAUCCAGCAUAGUGGGUUUAUGAAACAGCUGCUGCUUUACUUAACGUCCAAGAGUGAAAAAGAUGCUGUAAGCAGGGAUGUCAGAUUGAAAAGAUUCCUUCAUGUGUUUUUCACUUCUCCUCUCCCUGGAGAAGAAACAGUUGGAAGAUUAGAGCCAUUAGAAAAUGCACCUUUGUUGGCUUUGGUCCACAAAAUGAAUAAUUGUCUUAGUCAGAUGGAGCAAUUUCCAGUUAAAGUCCAUGACUUUCCCAGUGGAAAUGGAACAGGGAGCAGUUUUUCUCUUAACAGAGGAUCCCAAGCUUUAAAAUUUUUCAACACACAUCAGUUAAAAUGCCAGUUGCAAAGACAUCCAGACUGUGCUAAUGUGAAACAGUGGAAAGGUGGACCUGUGAAGAUAGAUCCUCUGGCGUUGGUACAAGCCAUUGAAAGAUACCUUGUAGUUAGAGGUUAUGGACGAGUGAGAGAAGAUGAUGAAGAUAGUGAUGAUGAUGGAUCAGAUGAGGAAAUAGAUGAAUCUCUGGCUGCUCAGUUCUUAAAUUCAGGGAAUGUGAGGCACAGGCUGCAGUUUUAUAUUGGAGAUCAUCUUCUGCCAUAUAACAUGACAGUAUAUCAAGCAGUUAGGCAGUUCAGUUUGCAGGCUGAAGAGGAAAGAGAGUCUACAGAUGAUGAAAGUAACCCACUAGGAAGAGCUGGAAUAUGGACGAAGACUCAUACCAUUUGGUACAAGCCAGUGCGAGAAGAUGAAGAUAGUAAUAAAGACUGUGUUGGUGGAAAAAGAGGAAGGGCACAGACUGCUCCUACAAAAACAUCUCCUAGGAAUGCAAAAAAGCAUGAUGAAUUGUGGCAUGAUGGUGUAUGUCCUUCAAUCUCAAAUCCUUUGGAAGUUUACCUUAUAUCUUUGCCGCCUGAAAAUAUAACGUUUGAAGAUCCUUCGUUAGAUGUUGUUAUUCUUUUGAGAGUUUUACAUGCUAUCAGUCGUUAUUGGUAUUACCUGUACGAUAAUGCAAGCUGUAAAGAGAUUAUUCCAACUUCAGAAUUUAUAAACAGUAAGCUCACAGCAAAAGCUAACAGACAGCUUCAAGAUCCUUUGGUGAUAAUGACAGGCAACAUACCAACAUGGCUAACAGAGCUUGGAAAAUCAUGUCCUUUUUUCUUUCCAUUUGACACCCGACAAAUGCUAUUUUAUGUAACUGCAUUUGACCGAGAUAGAGCCAUGCAAAGACUGUUGGACACUAAUCCAGAAAUAAACCAGUCUGAUUCUCAGGAUAGCAGAGUGGCACCACGACUGGACAGGAAGAAGCGCACUGUGAACCGAGAGGAACUGUUGAAACAAGCUGAAUCAGUGAUGCAGGAUCUGGGCAGUUCGAGAGCUAUGCUGGAAAUUCAGUAUGAGAAUGAAGUUGGCACAGGUUUAGGACCUACACUGGAGUUUUAUGCACUUGUAUCUCAGGAACUACAGAGAGCAGACUUGGGCCUUUGGAGAGGUGAAGAAGUUACUCUUGCCCAUCCUAAAGGAAGCCAAGAAGGGACCAAAUAUAUUCAUAAUCUUCAAGGCCUGUUUGCACUUCCCUUUGGCAGAACGGCUAAACCUGCUCAUAUUGCUAAGGUUAAAAUGAAGUUCCGUUUUCUGGGGAAAUUGAUGGCAAAAGCAAUUAUGGAUUUUAGAUUGGUGGACCUUCCCCUUGGCCUUCCUUUUUACAAGUGGAUGCUACGACAGGAAACAUCUCUGACAUCGCAUGACUUGUUCAAUAUUGAUCCUGUAGUAGCCAGCUCAGUAUACCAUCUUGAAGAAAUUGUGAGGCAGAAGAAAAGACUUGAACAGGAUAAAUCACAGACCAAAGAAAGUCUACAGUAUGCAUUGGAAACUCUAACCAUGAAUGGUUGCUCAGUAGAAGAUCUAGGGUUGGACUUCACACUACCUGGGUUUCCAAACAUAGAGCUGAAAAAAGGAGGGAAAGAUAUACCGGUCACCAUUCACAACUUAGAAGAAUAUCUCAGACUAGUUAUAUUUUGGGCACUAAAUGAAGGUGUUUCCAGACAGUUUGACUCCUUUAGAGAUGGAUUUGAAUCUGUUUUUCCCCUCAGUCACCUUCAGUACUUCUAUCCUGAGGAGCUGGAUCAGUUGUUGUGUGGUAGCAAAACAGAUGCUUGGGAUGCAAAGACAUUAAUGGAAUGUUGCAGGCCAGAUCAUGGUUAUACACAUGACAGUCGUGCUGUGAAAUUCCUGUUUGAAAUUCUCAGUAGUUUUGAUAGUGAGCAGCAAAGAUUAUUCCUCCAGUUUGUGACUGGUAGCCCUAGACUGCCAGUAGGAGGCUUUCGAAGUUUGAAUCCUCCCCUUACUAUUGUACGCAAGACUUUUGAAUCUACAGAAAAUCCAGAUGACUUCUUACCCUCAGUAAUGACCUGUGUAAACUAUCUCAAGUUGCCAGACUAUUCAAGUAUUGAGAUAAUGCGUGAAAAACUCUUGAUAGCUGCAAGAGAAGGGCAGCAGUCAUUCCAUCUUUCCUGAUCACAAUGAAAAAUGCAAUGUCUGCCUGUUACAGCAAAAAGAGAAUCAUGAUUCUUUUCUAAAUGUAUCAUCUGAGUCGAGGAAAUGUUGCGCCUUGUUGUAGAAAACGGCUUGCAGAUUAUACACAAAGACACUAGGUUGAUAUUCAUUAAAGGCCCCAUGGACUUAAAAGUGAUCAGGCCCUAAAGUUGUUGUGACAAGGUUUCUUUAGCAAGUUCUUGUUUUAAAUUAUCAUUUAUCGAUGAGUGAAGUUUAACUUGCUUUGCUGUGUGAAAUUUAAAAAGGGAUGUUUUUUUCAGGCUGGAACAAUAAAUGUUGCUGUGCAGUUUAAUACUGGGCUGUGUGUAUCCAUCUAGCCAAGUCUGCAGUUUUUUCCUCCCAAAGACAACUUUGUACAUAAGUACAGAAAUUGAAGUACAUGUAUUGACACAUCUAGUUAAGUAGACUAGUUCUGUGUACCAUCACUUGCCCUCAAUCUCCCUUCCUCAUGUAUUGUCUGAUGUGCAAUCCACAUGGCUCUUUUUGUGUACACCACUCAACAAUUGUUACAUUUUGGACAUGGGCAUUUACUGUUCCAUGUUUUCUCAAAUUAAGAAAUAAUUUAAUUUUAUUAAAUAUAUUGUCAAUAAUUCCGCCUUUGUAAGUAGGUAGAAUCUUUCUUAUAGCUUAGUUUUAAUGUAGUGGUAGAAGAUAUUGGCUACAUUCUUUACCAGAAAAUACUCUAGAACUGUUCACACAGUGAUUUAGGCAACAGCCUCUUACCAGGGGCUAGGAGGAAUUGAUUCUUUUGUGUAGUUGAAAAACUCAACUGAUUUGGUCUGGCCAAUAUUUAUAUUGUGGCCAGAGCAUUUUGAAUUGAUGUAAAGUUUUUUAUAAAGUCAAAUUAGUAAUUUCCUUCCAUCCUUUUAUCCUUGAUUUAAGUUUUUUUCUGUACUUCCUGUUCCCUUUCCCCUAGCGCCUCCCCCAGCACUGGUGUGGAUCAAAACAGUUCAGCAUUUCUUUUGACACAGAUAAAGCACCUGUAAGCAAUGCUCUGUCCAAUUGUUUUAUGUGCUGAUUUCUCAAAUCUGCAAUAAUUUACUUCAUCAGGUUAAUGUUUUUACCUGAAUUAUAAAUAAAGUUUGCUUCACCUUUUUUGUUCAUAGUUCUGUACUGUAUGCAUAAGUUCAAUUGUGUAAAUUAUUCCAAUGCAAGUAAAUCAUCUUAAAUCUCCUUGGCUAACUGGCCACCUUGUCAUGGAUGAUUUACCAUUAAAAUAAGAGUUUGCAAGAUCUGGUAUUCUUUUAUUUUCAUACGAGUUCAAAAAUGGACUAUUCCAAAACAUUCCUGAGAUGUACAUGCUAUAUAGUUCAUCUCUUAAUGAAAAUCUGACAGAUUACUUUAUUCAACUUUGAGAAAUCAAAAUGAACACUUGAGUGCUGUUAAAUUUGGUUGGAUGAUCAGGGUAGAACAUUUUAAACGUCAGCAAGUUUCCUUUUCAGACGACGAACCUGUAACCACACAAUGUACUUCAGUACAUGUAACUGAUAUUCUUUAAGUUAACUUUCACAGAACUAAAUGGGACUGGCCAUACUGUGCACCACUGAACUGUGAUGAGGAGCUGAAUGCGAAAUCAUUGUGCAAAGACUCUGAGCAGUCUGUCAGAUUAAAACUGAAUGGAAAUGCUUCACAGUGGACAUAACACUGGUCAUGCAGAACAUGGCUAGUAUUUCAUAGAAAUCUAAAGGCAGUGUUAAAAGUAUGGACUGGUAUUUAAAAUUGUUCUGAUAACGCUAUCAAACUCGGCACAAAGACGCAUGUUUAUAGUGUGUUGAUAGCAACUUGUUCUUUUUUAAGGUUCUAUAUUUUAAAAAGACUGACUUAUGUAAAAAUAUUUUGUAUUAAAAUAUCAUCUGUAUUGAUAUUUUUUUACCCA